GUCAUGCCCACGUGACGUCACCGCGCCGGCUGUCACGCUAUCAGGAUGACGUGGUGCUGGAGGAUGCCCAGGCCGAGCUGUUCACAACUAAACGUUUCCCGAAUUUGAGAGUGUCCGGUGUGGGGGUCGGGAUGGCGGACUCCGAGAGCGCAGCCGUCACGGACGCUGCUCUGCAGAAACGAGUGGAAGAACUGGAAAGAAUCAAUGCAGAAUUUCAUCGGACCAAGCAGCAACUGGAGCAGGAAUUUAAUCAGAAGAGGGCAAAAUUUAAAGAGCUGUAUUUAGCCAAAGAAGAGGACUUAAAACGUCAGCAGGCCGUUGUACAAGCUGCGCAGGAUGAGAUGGCUCAGUUGAACCUCCAGCUGUCACAAGCACAAGAAGAGAUGGAGAACAUCAAAGCUAUAGCUACAGUGUCUGAGAACACUAAGCAGGAAGCCAUUGAUGAUGUGAAAAAACAAUGGCAGGAAGAGGUGGUUUCUCUUCAAGCUAUCAUGAAAGACACGCUGCACGAGUAUGAGCUUCAGUUUCAUCGCAGAUUGGAGCAGGAGCGUGGACAGUGGGGACAGUACAGGGAGUCUGUGGAAAGGGAGAUUGCAGAGCUUAGGAGGCGUCUUUCUGAAGGCCAACAAGAGGAAAAUCUGGAAAAUGACAUGAAAAAGGCCCAGGAGGAUGCAGAAAAGCUGCGUUCAGUAGUGAUGCCCAUGGAAAAAGAGAUUGGGACUUUAAAGGAGAAAUUGACAGAAGCUGAGGAGAAGAUAAAAGAGCUUGAGGCGUCCAAGGUGAAGGAAUUGAAUCAUUAUCUCGAAACUGAAAAAUCCUGUCGGACAGACUUGGAGAUGUAUGUGGCUGUUCUGAACACUCAAAAAUCUGUCCUUCAAGAGGAUGCUGAGAAGCUGCGAAAAGAGCUACAUGAAGUUUGCCACCUCCUAGAACAGGAGAGGCAACAACACAAUCAGCUGAAGCACACGUGGCAAAAGGCCAACGAUCAGUUUCUCGAGUCCCAGCGUUUAAUGAUGCAAGACAUGAAACGUAUGGAGGCUGUGUUGACCACAGAACAACUUCGACAAGUAGAAGAGAGAAAAAACAAAGACCAGGAGGAAGAUGAGCAAAGAAAUCGUAAGAGAAAAGAGGGGAAACAUAAAGAGGAUGAAUACAAACGGCCUGGAACAGUGACUUAUGAUGAAUCUCUCCCAAGUCUUCAGACUCAAGAGGAUCUCAUGAAUAGUUCUCAUGGCUCAAUCCAUUCCUUAGAUGCAGAUUUGGCGUUGCAUGAAGGUGAGGGUUUUGGCAAACAAGAGGAUUUAUUUAAAGAUGGACUCCGAAGAGCACAGUCUACAGACAGUCUAGGUACUUCUGGGACACUGCAGGUAAAAACUCUGGGCUACAACAACAAGGCCAAAUCGGCUGGGAAUCUUGAUGAGUCUGACUUUGGCCCAUUGGUUGGAGCUGAUUCUGUUUCCGAGAAUUUUGAUACUACUUCCCUUGGAUCUUUGCACAUGCCAAGUGGAUUCAUGUUAACCAAAGAUCAGGAAAAAGCAAUCAAAGCCAUGACUCCUGAACAAGAAGAAACCGCCUCACUUCUGUCAAGUGUCACGCAGAUUAUAGAGAAUGCAUAUGUCCCUCCUUCUGGUUACCGUCUGGUGAGCGAGACAGAGUGGAACUUACUUCAAAAAGAGGUGCAAACAGCUGGCAAUAAGCUGGGGAGAUGCUGUGAUAUGUGCUCCAACUAUGAAAAGCAGCUGCAAGGGAUCCAGACCCAAGAGGCAGAAACUAGAGAUCAGGUUAAAAAGCUGCAGGUGAUGCUGAGACAAGCAAAUGACCAACUUGAGAAAAGCUUGAAGGACAAGCAAGAAUUCGAGCAAUACAUGAAGCAAAACACAGAGGAGACCACUAAUCAGAUAUCCACACUAGCGCUGCGAGCUCAAGACUCAGAAACCCUGCUUACUGAGUUGCAGCAAGCUUUUUAUCUUGCCAAGAGAAGUGUCCAGGAGCAAAUGGCGGUUUUAAUGCAGUCACGGGAGCAGGUCUCUGAAGAGUUGGCUAGGUUACAGAAGGACAAUGAGAGUCUCCAAGGAAAGCAUGGCCUGCAUGUGUCCCUCCAGCAAGCAGAAAACUUCAUCCUCCCUGAAACUAUAGUGGAACUACAUGAAUUGGUUUUGAAGUAUCGAGAAGAUAUUAUAAGUGUGCAUACGGCGGCGGACCAUCUGGAAGAGAAACUGAAGGCAGAAAUUUUAUUCUUAAAGGAGCAAAUUCAAGCAGAACAGUGUCAGAAGGAAAACAUAGAAGAAACUCUUCAAAUUGAGAUAGAAAAUUGUAAAGAGGAGAUAGCAUCAAUAUCAAGUUUAAAGGUUGAGCUGGACAGGAUAAAAACAGAGAAAGAGCAGUUGGAGUCCAUCUUGCAAGAAAGAACGAAAGAACUUCAGGAUAUUCAAGAACUGAAAACCUCCUUAGAAGAUCAAAUUAGGAAAGAGACAUCAAGCAAAGUCAGUCUCGAGCAGCUGCUCUAUGAAGAGAAGAACAAGGCACAGCGGCUGCAGACAGAGUUAGAUGUUAGUGAGCAAGUACAGAGAGACUUUGUAAAGUUGUCACAAACCCUGCAGGUACAGUUGGAGCGUAUUCGGCAAACGGAAUCCUUAGAAGUAAUUCGUGCUAUCCUGAAUGAUACAAAACUGACUGACAUUAACCAGCUUCCUGAGACAUGACAUUCCUGUGUCGCCAGGAUCCAAGUCUGCAACUGAGUUUGUUUUUUAAAACUCGUUUAUAGUAACAUUAAUUAUUAUUUAACUCUCCCAGAUCAGAAAAUGUUGCUGUAUGUGAAUGAGAGCUCUGUAUUAAGGGAAUAAGUGAAUAUACAGGUAGGCGCCAUGAGCGUGAGACUGAAAGGAACUUUUCCAUUGCGAACACUAAUGAAAUGUGUUGCUUUCUCUGACUAAACAGUGCUGUCUCCAAUAAUAAAAGUAUGUAUAUAUUGUC